AUGGCCGACGGCCUCGUCCUCGUCGACGAAGGCUUCGAGGGCUGUCGGAUUUCCACUGGCGCGGCUGACGGCGGCUGGGACAGAGGUGCUCCGUGCUCCAGGACCAGGGUGGGGUGGUGCAGUGGCCGCAUGAACAUGCUCAGGGGCUUCAUCGGCGGGGUGCUCAGGAGACGGGCGAUGUGGAUGCUGCCCACCCAUAUGGUACACAACAUGGGGGAGUCCAUCUCCGACCGUCCCAAGCAGAACCAUGAUAGACCUACAACGGCAGGUUGUUCAAAUGAUAAGAGACAUUCCCAUUGUGGUUACAACUGA